GAAAUCAUAAAGUGACAACUAUUUCACCCUUUUGUUCUCUUUUCUAAAAAACAAAUGCCUGUCAGUCAACCUUUCCUUAGCAUCGGCAAAAAACUGUUUAUCAGUGGGCUGCCACUUCAUUCUGGCGACUGCCCAGCAGCAGCAGGCAAGAGGUGGGCGCCUACUCAUUGUGGCGUGCCAGUGCCUGGCCAGUUGCCCCCACACAUCACCAAGCGCGUAGUACGUGCCUUUAAAUAUACACGUCGCCGUUCUAGAUUUUACAACUCGUUUCCCUCCUCCUCCCCCACCCUAGACUAGACUUCUUCCAGCUCCAUCCAACAUCAGGACGACCUUGGUUCGUUCUCCUCCACUUCUACUUCCCCAAAUCAAAUCAAAUCAAAUCCCAAUACACGAGAACUCUUUCUACAACGUACCUUUGCUGCAAGAAGGAGCACAUGCGACAAGAUUUCUCCCUCGGUUUUCAGCUCCAAACCAGAGUUUAGUAAACCCUUCCAUUGCUUCAAGACGAAACCACCGGAGCACAAACAUCAAGUGGUCAAUUCGGUGCACCAUGAGACCUAGCACUGCUUUUCGAGUACUAGGCACAUGCCAUGCCACUUCUUAAUUUCCAGCUCAGCUAGCUAACCCCAACUUGACACAAUCUCCGUCAUAUGCUUUGUCUUUCCCACAAAGGAGCUGCCAACUCUCCACCUCCUUCCAUUCGCUCAACUUGCACUCCCCUCCUUUCUCUCAUCUUCCUCGCAGUCGCAGAGAACAAGCGAGGCUAAAUCUUAAAGGCGAGCGUUUCGGCUCAGAUUAUCAGUGCGGCCGCUGAGCGAAGCCCGAAAGGCUCACCGUAAAGCAAGGAGCAAAGAUAGGGCAGCGUACAUGGGCUGUGGGGCGUCGAAAUGGAGGGAUCCCGGUGUCGUGCGCCAGGGGAGGCCGAGAAGCGUCGGGGAGGUGGUCGUCUUCCUCCCGGGGCUCCGGGUACCGAGGACCGUAGACUUCUCGCAGUCUCUCGGUGAUCACCUGGACAAGAUCGCCGUCGACAGACUGUCGGCUCUAAGGGCAACAGUCGUGACAAUGGCAAUGCAGGAAUCGGCCAUGGCCCUGAAGCCGAGGCGGAGGACGGCGCGGCACGGAGGGUCUGGCACUGCUAACCUUCUCCAGGCUUUGGAAGAGUACCUGCCAGUUCUGCUAGGACUGGUGAAAGAAAGCAGUGAUCUGAGAAACAAAGCGCAGUUUGUUUGGGCCAACCAAGAGGACGACGCUGAGGAGACGUCCAUGGCCGAUGCUUGGUAUGAGGUGCUGUCUGUGCUGCACCUGAUGGCCAUGGUGUGCUUCCUGCAGGCCAACUCCCUGCUUCUUCCGAGGUCAUACGGCGACGGCCAUGGGCCGAGAGUGUCCGAAGAGAGCAGGCGAGCCACUGUUGAUGUUUUCUUGAAAGCAGCUGGAUACUUGGAUUGUGCAGUUAAUCAAGUACUUCCGCAGAUACCGCCUGAAAAAAGAAGGGCACUCCCAGUUGAUCUAGUUGAGGGAAAUCUAAAAGCUCUUAGCUUGCAAGGACUUGGCCAGGGAGUUGAUAUGCAACUUGGAUUGGCAAUUGAUAAUCCAAAGGCCACUUUAGCAGUCAAAAGGCGUUUAGCUUGCGAGAUGGUCAAAUAUUGGCAGCAGAUUAAGGAUAGCAUACCGGAGCUUCCUUUGUUGGAUGGAUGGGCGAAAAAGCACACACUAUUUGUCAAGUGGAAGUAUGCUGAAGCAAAGGCUGCUGCAUAUUACUUCCAUGGGUUGAUUCUUGAUGAGGGAAACACCGAGAAAUCACAGGAGAUGGCAAUAUCAUCCCUACAAGCGUCAGAGGAGUUUCUGAAAGAGAGCAAAAGAGCCGCUGAGGCCUUCCAUUCAACUCCUCCGACAUCAAGGAUGUCAACUCCUUUCGGAACAACCAAAUAUCUCUUGGACAUGAUCCCAAAAGAGACAUUAAGCAAGCUCCAGGAUAACCAGGAUCUUAACACCCAGGAAAGAACAUCAAAUACCGAAAUCAGCCGGAUCAUCAGACCGCCGCCUCCGUUGCCAGAUUUCCCAUUGGCCCUAAAUCCUGAGGAAUAUGAGCUUCCCCAAUUAAACCCUCUGUGGAAGAAGGAAGCUAACCACUAAUGAAGUUCCAUUACAAAGCUCAGGCAAGAAGAAAGACCUUCUUCUAAAAGGGAUCACUCCUCGGCAGCUGAAAAAGAACAUAAACUCUGCAGCACUUUAGAGGACAAUAGUGAGAAACGAAGUGUAUUACGCCGAAUGUUAGAAAGAAAAAACAAUUUUAUUACUGUCGACCAGUUAAAAUGAAUUACCCAGCAAGGUUCAAGGAUGUGAAGAGCAUUGUACAGACGGAUCUUUUCUUUUGAAUUACACAAAAUGCUUUUGUUGACA